AUGUUCUGUAAAGUCCUUGCUUUAAGCGCGGUGUUAGCAGUGACCAGCGCUGGUCUCCUGGCUACUCCCGCAGUUCACUACUCUCCAGCUUCCGCGGUCUCCUCACAGAGCAUCGUGCGUCAUGAGCAGCCAAUCGCCGUAGCCGCUCCCCCUAUCGCCGUAGCCGCUCCCAUUGCUUACAACGCCGCUCCUCUCUCUUAUGCGUCACCUCUAUCCUACGCUUCUCCCGCUCGUUACUCAUCUGCCGGUGCAGUCUCCUCCCAGAACAUCGUUCGUCACGGACAGGCCAUUGCUCCCGCCCGUCUGGCCUACCAAGCCGCUCCUGCUCUCGUUGCACCAGUUGUCCACGCUGCUCCACUUGUCCACGCUGCCCCAGCCCACGCCAUCAUUGCCCAACACGAGGAAUACGACGCACACCCCAGCUACGACUUCGCCUACUCCGUAGCCGACGGCCACACCGGUGACAACAAAUCCCAGCACGAGACCCGCGACGGAGAUGUUGUACGUGGUGAAUACUCACUGGUUGAAGCUGACGGCUCAAUCCGCCGCGUAGAGUACACCGCUGAUGACCACCAUGGCUUCAACGCCGUCGUCAGCAACUCUGCACCCGCUCACGCCGCCCCUGCCUACGCCCCGGCUGCCGUUCUUGCUCACCACUAA